AUGGCACGCUGUUAUCAUAGCGAAUGGCUUAACCUCCGCAUCGAACGAAAUGAAAUCAUUUUGUCCAUUUCGGACCGGCUUCAAACGCUUAUCAACGACACUCCCGGUCCUGAUCUUCAGCAGCCCAGCCUGUUGGUCUUCGUCGGCCAUACCGCUAAAUCGUUGGCCCUUCGAUCGCUCAGUGUAGACCAGAACAGGCAGAGGUCGGCAGGCAGACGGAAACGAGGCGGCGGAGUGCAUCUCCAACCCGCAAAUUGCAACGUGUUCCGCGACUUUCCCGUGCUUUUAGCUGAUGGUGACCUUCCGUACCGGGACAACAUGAAAAGGUCCUCGGCCCAAUGCCACGAGACAAGACAGCUAAUACUUCCUCGCGUCCGGGGAGGCGUCCAGGAUCGAACUUUAGAAGAUGCUGCCGACCAUCUCUACUCCCGUCUCUUGGGUGCUUUUGCUGACGUCUUUUGCUUCUUUUCCACCGACAUCGGCGGAUUUGGCCCCGUGGUACGACGACUCGCAUCGUGGCUCGAGAAUGGCAAGCCCACGACAUUGCCAAAUACCACAUAUCCGCGAAUGGUCGUGGUCAUGGAAACAGCUGACCCUGGGAUGCAGAGCGACAAAGAGGCGGAGGAGGUUCUCCUGGGCGAGCUAAGGCAAGAGACAACCAAGAACUCCUAUGAGUUGGUGUCAGCUCUCGAAGUGGUGACCGUUCCCCACGGAGGACAGGACUGUCGUCGACUGGAAGAAUACUUAGUCCGGGCGCUAGAUCAAGUUCGAAGGCAGAAGAUCGCAGCAAGAACCCUUUUCUCUGGGAGGCAUUUGAGCGCAUUCUUCAAAUAUGCGACCGACCACUUUGGCAGAACCACUAUGGAGCCAUUCGAUUUUGUGCAAGCGUCCCGUUUGCAAAAUCCUGUCACACCGGACUUGGGCUCACAUCUGUCCAACUUUCUGAAGCAAAUCAAAUCUCCUGAAGAGCUAACGGACUUCGCGGUGCCAAUGAUUGCAUCGAGCCUUCUACUGGAUCACUAUCCUCCUGGUAUGCACGCUUUCAACCCUGAACAUGUGUUUCAGACCCUGUAUAAAGACGCCUGUUAUCAAGUGGGCAGGAGCGGUGCGCUUAUGUAUGACAGCUCGGCAAAACUACUGCUUCCGUCUGGCUUCGUCCAAGCCGUCUCUGAUCAGCUGCGAAAGUGUUUCGAGGACUUUGUACGGGGAGCCGGCACAACGUCCAAGACGAUACAUUCCAACAAUCUCAAAAGUUUUAAACUUCGCUGGAAGCGGAUGCGAAGCGACGACUUAUGUUUCGUGUGCUUGCGUCGCACGCCAGAAAACAACUUGCCCUGCGGCCAUGCAAUCUGCGAAAAUUGCGUGCGAGUGUUCGGACGAGAGGAUGAGAAUGAGCGGUGGGUGUUCGGCAUUCAACGAUGUUUCCUCUGCGACAUGGUUUUUCGAGAUGUAACGGUAAAAUUAAAGCCUGAUACUGCCGGGGUCAAUGUAUUGACCAUCGAUGGGGGUGGUAUCAAAGGGGUUGUGCCACUGCUAUUUUUGCAAGUCCUGCAGGAUAGAUUGGGUCUACCAAUUCCAAUUCAAGAUAAUUUCGACAUGGCAUUCGGCACCAGCUCCGGCGGUCUCAUCGUCCUCGCACUGUUCAUCAGUGGAUGGACGGUGGAUGAUUGUGCGAAUCUUUUCGAGUCUUUUGCGACAAGGGCAUUCAGACCCCGAUGGAUUACUCACGUACCCAUUUUAUCUCGCAUUCCGGUCCUGUCGCAUAUCUUCCAUUUUCUUGUGUCGUAUUUGGCCGACGGUUUGUACCCAGCUCAUAAUCUAGAAGGUGCACUGAAAGACGUUUUCGGCAGUGAUGUGGGCAUCUUGGACUAUUCACAUGCAACCGCUAUCGGCGCGAAAGUGGGAAUACCGGUGACCACGGUACAGGAAACAGAACCCUGCCUCUUCACUAAUUAUAACGGAAUGGGACCGCGGCCGCAGGACUCUGGUACUUUAUUUCCCGAGCUGCCAGUAUGUGAGCGAUUUUUGAUGGAUGAACAGGUUACCGAAUUAUUCGGUCGCAGGAUGGGAAGAAAAGGAUUCGUCUGUGGGAGAUAGCAAUGUGCGGAUCUGCAGCACCGUGGUAUUUUCCAGCGAAGCGCAUUCAGGAAGUGGGAAGCUUUCAAGACGGAGCUCUGUGGAGGAAUAACCCCGUCGACCUCCCUCUAUGGGAAAUACCCGUGGUGUGGCCACCGAUUCGAAAACCAAAUGUUGUCAUCUCCCUUGGCACCGGGUCCUCAGGACCACACCUACCAACGUCGCACUCUAGCAGACUGCGUGCAAUCUGGAGGGAGGGCUUCCUGUCGCGAUCCUAUAGAGCCUUUUUGGAGUUACUCAACGGCCAAAAAAUCGCCCAAGCGUUCAAGAAUGGACGUCGUACUGAAUUAGAUGGGCGAUACUUUCGAUUCAACGUUAAACUGGACAAGGAGGUCGACUUAGAUGAUACAGUCAAAAUGCGCGAGCUGGCAAAAAAUGCCAGGGAGCAGUUCUGUCGGUCGGUGGAUGUCGACGUUGUCGCGCGUUGUCUCGUUGCGACGCGUUUCUACUUUGAACUCGAGUCGAAGCCGAGGAGAAUGAAGGGCAAGUAUUCUGGAUCGGGAUAUAUUUUCUGUCGGUUGUCUCGGAACAGUCCCGGGUUUGGUGAGCUGCUAGGACAGUUGUCCAAACGGGCGGCGAAAUUUAUAGUGGAUGGUCAUUGGACCUCUGAAUCGAUCGACGAUCGUUCAUUCUUCGACCGCGCGGGACACUUUCGCAGAAGAGUCGAAUUUGAAACAAAGGACACAUUGUCCGUUCUCCUUCAAGAAGGGUCAUCGCAUCCUCAGCAUAUCAGUGGAUCUCCAUACGCAGUCCGUGAUCUUAUGGACAUGCAAGGUCUCAACUGUGAUUUUGGCACUCCUGAUCAUAGGAAGCGAAAAGAGCGUGAGGAGAACGAAGGCGAGGGACAGGCCAGGAAACGUCGUCGAGUACGGUAAUAUGCCAUGAAGGCUCCUAGAGCAUCCUCGUUUGGGACAGACUGGAGCUUUUCGUGAGCUGGCGCAGUCCUCGAGUCAAAUAUACAGACUCGUGCAAGCUUGCGGCGCCUGCUGCGUAACACGUAUAAGGAAUGGAGACUGCUGUCCUUAGUCAACCUGAGUAUCAAUUAGGGUCAGAAAUCUGGAAAGUGAGAAGUAAC